AGUAACUGUUUUAUCCAAUGGUCGCUCAUUGAUACGCGUAGGAUUCCUAUUCCUGAUAUAAUUCCAAAUCAUCUCGUUUGCCAUUCAAAUUCCGGUAACUGUCUUUUCCGUAAUGGUCGAUUUAUUGAUCCAUGUAGAAUUUCGGUUCCUAUUGUAAUUCCACGUGAGUUGAUUCCAAGUUGAGUUGAGAGACGCUGCUUUCCCUAAUCGGCUAUUCUCCGAUGACGGGCAGGCCAGCAUUCACGAUAGAAAUUCUCGAUAGGCGGUAUCGUCCCGAACGACAAACAGAUCGUUUUACGCCUGAAUACGACACAUUCUCCGACUAUCAACGCCACCGGGACCGACAAAAUCCAUCCUACCGCAGAUACUAUGAGCUUCACCAAGGAAUCGAUCGUGGACACUACCGUUCAAGCUCGCGUGGGUAUUCAAGUCAUGGAAGAAGUACAAGCCCUAAACCCAGGAAAAACCGAGAUUCUUUGCCAAAAAGGUUCGGCAGGGGGGUUGCCUACAUCGAUCGUGGCGGCUUUCAUAAUGGAAGCAAUUCGGAAUUGGAAUCUGAUGAGGAUUUGAAGGGAUUGAAAAUUGAAGAGCAGAGGAGAUUGAAGAGGCAGAACAUGAGGAAGAGCAUCCCGCAAUAUUGUAUUUGGGAUCAUACACCUAGUCCUCCCAGGGAUGAGUAUAAAGAAAAAGAUUUGGAAGACAAAGCGGAUGAGAUUUCAGAGAAGCAUGGAGAAGUCGAACAGAAGAGUGAUUUCAGGGAGAAAGAGAAAAGAAAAGAGCGCAACGAAAAGAGUGCGUCGGAGCCUGAGAAAUCUGGGAGCAGUGAUUCAGAGAGCGAGUCUAAAUCUGAAUUGGAUGAUUCACGGUCAAGGAAGAGGAGGAGUUCCAGUUCCAAGUGUAGAAAUAAAAAAUCAGAUGGUACCGGGGCUGAGAAGAAGAGUUUGAGUUAUAAGCGUAGGGGCAGGAAAUCAUCUGUAAAUGUAGAUAGCGAAUCAGGCGAGGAUGUGUGGGAAAAAAAGAAUGAAACUGAAUCGCAUUGUGGAGAGGAUCGAAGACGCAGAAAGAAGUCAGGGAAAAGUAGCAGCAGUAGGCGAAGGAAGUGCAGCAAAAUAAGUCGCAGGAGAAGUCGGAAGAGGAAGAGUAGGUACAGUGAUUCAGACGCUGGUGAGAGUGAAGGAUCUGAAUGCGAAUCUAAGAAGCCGAGACGUAGUUCAGGGGCUAAACGCAGAAAUAAAAAGAGGUCUAAAUCGGAGAGUGCCAGUCCAUACUCGGACAAAAGUUUAGGUUCUGAAAACAGUGCUGAGGCACUCAAACGUAAAGAAAGCAGUGAAGCGCUGAAGAAACCUGCUUUGGAUGACGAACCCACGGUUGGGCCAAUACCCCUGCCUAGAGCCCAGGGGCAUAUUAGUUAUGGCGGUGCAUUAAGGCCAGGUGAAGGUGAUGCCAUUGCACAGUAUGUGCAGCAAGGAAAGCGUAUUCCACGUAGAGGUGAAGUGGGUAUUUCUGCUGAAGAAAUUCAAAAUUUUGAGGCUCUUGGGUAUGUGAUGAGUGGCUGUAGGCACCAGAGGAUGAAUGCCAUUCGGAUUAGGAAAGAAAACCAAGUUUAUAGCGCUGAGGACAAGCGAGCUUUGGCCAUGUUCAACUAUGAAGAGAAGGCAAAACGGGACCACAAGGUUAUGGCUGAUUUGCUGAGGUAUGUGCAGCGCCAUAUUGGGCAGGAUUUUGACACUCCUCAUGAUCCCUUUGCAGCAAAAGCAGAUGCUUAAUAGUGAGGUGCGCUCGUCCAUAAUUGUUCUAGGAUUUGUUUUGGGCAUAGGUAGGGCAAGUGAUAAGUGUGAAAUCUUCGCUUAAUCAGCCCAUAACAAAGGGCUCUGACUUCUCAAUUCGCACAUUAUAUGAGAGGAUCUUCAUCCUGUGUUUUCCUUAUAUCUUGAUGUUUUUCAUAGGGUAUUGAACUCUUUUUUUUGUUACUCAUUUUAAUCUUUCUUGUUGCUCAUUUUAAUCCUUUUUGUUGGUUUCAUCAGUUUAUUUAC